GAAGUUGAGCCGGAUGAGCCCUCUUACGGCACAUCCGACCGGACACCCUUGACCGGCAACAUCCAAUCUUCUUCGCAGACGCCGAUCAACCAAGGCUAUUUGACUUCUCGGAUCCCAGGCGAAGACAGAAGAGCUCCACAGAACACGAUCGACGAGAGCGUAUGGGAGACGGUGUCGCGAGAUCUGCUCGCAGUGUGGGAAAAGAUGAAGCAAGUGCUCUGGCCCAAAUACCUUCUUGGUGGUAUCCUACAAAGGCAGGGAGCAGGUAUAGGCGAUGCAGAAAGCCAAGGGUUCGGACGUGACCUGCGCGGAUUGGUAGGAAGAUGGCCAGAUGCAGAUGGCAUUCUUCAAGGGGGCAUGAGCGAUGGUCUACGAGAUUGGGACCUAUGGGGCCCUCUCAUUUUCUGCCUACUUCUCAGUAUGUUCCUGUCGCUGGGGGCUCCGGCCAGCCAGAGUGAUCUGGUAUUCUCAGGGGUAUUCUCGCUGGUAUGGAUCGGUGAGGCUGUGGUCACCCUUCAGAUCAAGUUGCUAGGAGGCAACAUAUCCUUCAUGCAAUCUGUCUCGAUUAUCGGCUACACAUUGUUUCCGUUGACGAUAGCAGCACUCCUCAGCGCUGUUGGCCUGCCGACUAUUGCGCGAAUACCGGUGUAUGUCGUCCUAGUUGCCUGGUCUCUGGCGGCCGGAGUGAGUAUUCUGGGAGGAUCGGGCGUGGUCAAAAACCGGGUGGCACUGAGUGUAUAUCCUCUCUUCGUCUUCUAUGUUGGGCUAGGGUGCCUGUGUUUUAUCAGCUAA